AAAAAAAAAAAAAAAAAAAAAAAAAUCUCAAUAUGAAAUGCGCAGCAGCAGAAGUCAUGUUACACACGCAAGAAAAAAAAAUAUAAAUUUUGCAUGAAUAAGCUUAAAGUAAUUUUAAUUGGUCAAAAAAGUUUAUAGUUUUCAUCUUAUAUUUUUCAUUUUCAUUAAUGUUUAAAAAACCAAGCCCGCUUGCGCCCCUACGUUCUUGGAAAAAUGUUGACCACCCUUCCCACAAGAUGGAAACCCGUCGAAUAGAACGACCAACACUUGAUAUCGAUGUGACUGCAACUUUUUCUGGUAUCAUCCUGACAUCAUUGUUUACAGCACUUAAACAGUAUUACUACAAUACUCUGAUAAUACGUGUGAACAAAGAAAAAAAAAACAGGGGAUUUGUAGAAUCAAGUAAUUACAAAAUCUUCGAAAAAACUGAAUGUUCUAACAUGUGCUAUGCCUCCAACAAUAUUGACAUUAGCAUUCCUUUAUUUAUGAAGGUCAACACUUGGUGGUUCUCCUACUUGAGACGGAGCUCGACCUAUUAUACAUGCACUUUAUUUGUUUUCGUAACUGAAUCGAAGCCAAUUAUUUUGCCAAUCUUGCUGUCCGAAUAGACUACAUCGUCCAUUAUUUUUAUCCGCAUUCAUCUCCAUUAACUUAGUACUUGCUUGGAGGUAUCAAAUCUGAUCUGAAAGAUUUAGUUUCAAAAAAAAAGAGUAAAUCAUCUAAAAACCAAUGUUAAUAAUUUUGGGUACAAAAGCCUUAAAAGUCUUAACAACCAAAGGGGGGGGGGUAAGACCAAUCUCGCUUUGUUAGCUUUGUAGUUUAUAUCAAAUAAAGUAUUGGCAACUGCUUUAUGUGAAAUGAGCAUUGUUAGGUUUCGUUACUACUUAACUGGCUUUCUACAAAAAUAAAAAAAACUCU